AUGUUAGUUAUUGUUGUUGGAUUGUUCGUUUUAUGUUGGUUACCAUUACAAACGUAUAACGUACUUCAAGAUAUAUUCCCAUCAAUAAAUCAGUUCCGUUACAUAAACAUCGUGUUCUUCUGUUGUGACUGGUUGGCAAUGAGCAACAGCUGUUACAACCCAUUUAUCUAUGGAAUAUACAACGAGAAAUUCAAACGCGAGUUCCGCAUCAAAUUGAGGCACUUCCGGCGGGGCCGUUUUCGCGGCAAAUCAAACGCGAAUAGCGGGAGGUCACCCUCUGUGCGGUCCACCACGUUGUCUGAGUGGAAAAGAGGAUAUUCGACGAGGUGCACGAACAGGACGACGGCUAAUGGAGCUUGCGUGGACAGUCCGCCGCCUAGAAGGGACGAGUUGGAAAUGUUCGUGUGCAAAUCGGGCAAGAUCACGUUGAUCAAGUGCGGCAGCCGUUCGGACCUCGAAGAACUGUGUCUGUAA